AUGAAUGAGGAAAAUUUUCCUAAUGGGCUUCACCGUAGCGAGGAAGUUGGUUUUCCUCACGAGUUAUCCUCAUGGCAUGAUAAUGAUGAAUGUACACCCGAAACUGAACAUGAUAGCAACACACAAUUCGAUGAGAGCGAAGAGGAAAGCGUACCAGAGACGCCGCAGUAUCCUCCACCAGUUCCCAUACUGAAAUCCAAUAAGGUUGCUGCACGAGCUCGAAUUUGGUUUGUUGCAGAAGAUGAAACUCUGAUUGGGUUGUACUUGGAGAUCAGCGAGAAUGCUAUUAAAGGUACGAGCCAGAAAGCAACUUCCCUCUGGCGCGAUGUACAUGCAGCUUAUCAAAUGGCUCAUGCGGAGAAGCCGCAUAUACUUCCUCCAAGACCUAUGAAGAGUCUGACGUCGCACUGGAGAAGGUUGGCAGCAGACACACUACAGUGGAUAUCUUGCUAUGAUGAAGCGGGUAGACUUUCGGAGGGAGGGAGUGGUUACAACGAAGCUGACCGUAUAAAAAGUGCGUCGAAGCUUUUUCAUCUCGCCCAAGGUCGCAAUUUUGCUUUUCCUCACGCGGUUGAAAUGCUUAAUAAAGAUCCAAAGUGGAGGCCAAAGCUGAGAUGGUCCUUGUCAAAGAAGGAAAGAAAAGCUGUUUGUGAUGUUGAGGAGCAAGGUAGUGCUGGAAGUGGGAAGAGGUCCAUAGAUGAUGGAGGGGAUGAAACCCCUAGGGAUGGUUUUUCAUCCGGAGGAAUACGACGACCCGAAGGUGUGAAGAAAGCAAAGGCCAAGCGUAAAGGGAAAGAAGUAGCAUCAGAAAGUGGUUCGUCUGAGCUUAGCGAACGAAUGAAGGAAUUCGCUACAAUUCGCGAGAGGGAGGCCAUUCUGAAGAAAGAGAGGAUCAAAAUUGAAAAGGACAAGGAACAGAGGAAAAGGGAGGAACUUGACAUUCAUAAGAUGAAAACCUGGUUUGAUAUGGUGCAAGCUCUGAAGAAUUCGCCUACGCCACUCACUCUUGAAGAAGAGUUGUACAAGAAUUUUUUACUAGGUAAAUUACAGGGCUUUUAA